AUGGCGACGAAACAGGCUACGCCUGCUGCCGGGCCUAUCAAGCUUGAGAACACAGCGAAGCGUGAUUCUCUGCGUGCACUUGAGCAAAAGUAUCAAGAUGCAUGGGCUGCGACACGUGUGUUUGACGUGGAUGCGCCUGUGAAUGAGCCAGAGAUGCGCGAUAUGACGCCGGAGGAAGUGCGUGCGAAGUAUCCGAAGUUCUUCGCGACGAUUCCGUAUGCGUACAUGAAUGGCAGCUUGCAUUUGGGACAUGCAUUUACCCUGUCCAAAGUCGAGUUCGCCACGGGAUACGAGCGCAUGUGCGGCAAGCGUGCGCUGUUUCCAUGGGCUUUCCACUGCACAGGUAUGCCGAUCCGUGCGGCAGCGGACAAGCUGAUCCGCGAAAUCGAAAUGUUCGGCGACGACUUUGCUGGCUUUGAAGCUGCCAAGGCUGCAGAAGAAGCGGACCUACAAAAGAAGGCCCAGGAGGAAGAGGCGAAGGCUGCCGAGGCUGGUCCACAGCGCGUGGAUAAGGCAACCAAGGGCAAGCUCGCCGGUAAGUCGACCGGCCUCAAGUACCAGUUCCAAAUCAUGGAGAAUAGUGGUGUGCCGCGCGAUGAAAUUAAGAAGUUUGCAGACCCGACAUACUGGCUGCGCUACUUUCCGCCGAUUGCGAAGCGCGACUGCGAUGCGUUCGGUAUGCGCAUCGACUGGCGCCGUGCGUUCUUGACGACGGAUGUGAACCCGUACUACGACUCGUUUGUUCGCUGGCAAAUCAAUAAGCUGCGGAAGAUGGAGAAGAUCAAGUUCGGUGAGCGCUACACGAUUUACUCCAUCACCGAUGGCCAGCCAUGCAUGGACCACGACCGCUCGGACGGCGAGGGUCUAGGUCCCCAGGAGUACACGGGCCUCAAGAUGGAGGUCGUCCAAUGGUCCGCUGAGGCUGCGCCCUUGGUGGAUGCAAAGCUUCAAGGCAAGCGGGUGUUUUUCAUUGCCGCCACGCUGCGCCCCGAGACGAUGUAUGGCCAGACGAACUGCUUCGUCGGCCCGAAAAUUGAGUACGGUGCGUACAAAGUGAAUGACACGGACGUGUACAUAUGCACGGAACGUGCGGCUCGGAACUUUGCAUACCAAGGCAUCUUUGACGAACGCGGUCGUAUUGAGUGUAUCGUAAAUGUGCCUGGUUCGGCCCUCGUUGGCUCGCAGCUAAAGGCGCCGCUUGGAGUGCAUGAACAGGUGUAUGUGGUGCCGAUGGAAACGGUGCUGUCGACUAAGGGCACGGGUGUCGUGACUUGUGUGCCUAGCGACUCGCCAGACGACUACGCUACGCUGAUGGAGCUGCGGAAAAAGGCCGAGUUUUACAAGAUCGAUCCACAAUGGGUUGCUUUGGACCCAGUGCCUGUGGUGCAAGCUCCAGGCUACAGCGACAUGAUCGCUGCGGACCUCGUGAAGCAGCUCAAGAUUCAGAGCCCGAAGGACAAGAAUGCACUGACGGAGGCCAAGGAAAUCGCGUACAAGCAAGGCUUCUACAACGGCCGUAUGCUCCAGGGCAGCUUCAAGGGCGAGCCAGUGACGGAAGCAAAGAGCAAGGUCCAGAAGGAAAUGAUCAACCUUGGCCUCGCUUUCCCGUAUGCGGAGCCAGAAGGCAAGAUCAUCAGUCGUAGUGGUGACGACUGUAUUGUCGCGCUGUGCGACCAGUGGUACCUGGACUACGGCGAGCCGGCGUGGAAGGCUCAGGCCGAGAAGCUGCUGGCGCAGAUGAACACGUUCCAGCCAGAGACGCGUAACUCGUUUGAGGGCGUGCUGAGCUGGCUGCACCAGUGGGCGUGCGCUCGUUCGUACGGCCUGGGCUCGAAGCUGCCUUGGGACCCGCAGUUCCUUGUGGAGAGUUUGAGUGACUCGACGAUCUAUAUGGCCUACUACACUGUCGCGUACAUGCUGCAGGGUGGUGUGGAAGACGGUAGUGUGGUUGGUCCCUUGGGCAUCAAGGCGGACGACAUGACCGACGAGGUUUGGGACUAUGUGCUCGGCGGCGGCGAGUUCCCAACGAACUCGCCUGUGCCGCGGGAGAAGGCCGAUUUGAUGCGCCGCGAGUUCCUGUACUUCUACCCAAUGGACCUGCGCUCGUCCGGCAAGGAUCUGAUUAACAACCACCUGACCUUCUGCAUCUAUAACCACGCAGCUCUGUUCCCCGAGGAGCUGUGGCCCCGCGGCAUGCGAGCGAACGGCCAUCUGAUGCUGAAUGGCGCCAAGAUGUCGAAGAGCACGGGCAACUCGCUCUCGCUGCGUCAGGCCGUCGAGAAGUUUGGCGCUGAUGCGACGCGUGUGAGCCUGGCUGAUGCUGGCGAUGGCAUUGAGGAUGCUAACUUUGAGGAGAAGACGGCCAAUGCGAACAUUCUGCGUCUCCACACGCUCAUUGACUGGUGCACCGAGAUGAUGCAGCAGGUGCGUGAGAACAAGCUGCGGACUGGUGCACUUGACUCGUUCUGGGACAAGACGUUUGAAAAUGAGAUGAACGCUGCAAUCGUCGCGACGCACGACGCGUACGAGCGCGCGGCGUACAAGGAGGCGUCGAAGCUGGGCUUCUAUGAGUUCCAAUCUGCGCGUGAUCUGUACCGCGAAGCGACGUCCGAUGUCGGCAUGCAUGCGGACCUGGUGAGGCGGUGGAUCGAGACGCAGGCGCUGCUGAUUGCGCCGAUUGCGCCGCACUUUGCCGAGCAUGUCUGGAGCACGAUCCUCGGCCACGAGACGUCAGUGCACAAAGCGCUGUUCCCCCAACCCACGAAGCCCGAGGACGCGGCCAUGACAGCUGCUGCCCAGUACGUGCGCGGCACGAUCAAGACGAUCCGCGAUGCGGAAAUUGCGGUGACGCGUCGUAAGGCCAAGGGCCCAGCAGCGCCGGCCAAGUACGAGGAGCGCAAGCCAAAGGAGGUGUCGAUCUUUGUCGCCGACGCAUUCCCGGAGUGGCAGGAUGUGUGUGUGAAUGCUGUGCAGAAGCACUACGACGGCGCUUCGGGCCGCGUGGACGAUGUCAAGGUGCGUGAAGAGGUGGCAGCUGCGGGCCUGUUGAAGGACAAGAAGGCGAUGCCGUUCGUGAUGGCAUUCAAGAAACGCAUUGCUGAGUUUGGUCCUGAGAUGGCAUUCAACCGCCAGCUUCCGUUCGACGAGACGGAAACCCUCAAGGCGUCUAGUGGCUACCUAAAGAAGACGCUCAACUUCCGCGACGUGCACAUCGAGAGUGCCAAGGAUGCCUUGACACGCGCUGAUGAGCUGCAGGGCAAGCAUGGCUUUGACAAGCACGUUGUGGAGGGAGCGGAGCCUGGCUCGCCUUCCUUUGCCUUUUACAACGUAGAGUAA